AAUUUUGACAAUCCCUUGCCUGUAUUGAAUUAAGAGUUUAAAGUACCUAAAAAAACUAUUUUUCCUAAGUAGUCAAAAGGCAAAUGUAUUUUUAAUCGUUAAGCAUAUAUUAUAUUAGGUACAUGUGACGAAUACAGUGAGCAUUGUUGUAAUAUUGUCCAAAUUGAUAAGUGAAAUAAUUUUCAAAUCGUUAGUGUAAAAUGCUCAACUUGAAAGCUUACUCAUUGAUCUAUUUACAUAAUACAAACAUGCCACAAAAGGUUUUUUUUCAAAGUGAAUAAUUUGAAGAGACUUUUAUUUACCAGAAUGUGACCAACAGACCAAUUCUAUUACAUAAUGUCUUUAAACUACGCUUUCGGAUUUUCUCUUUUCCUGCUUGUCCUUGUUGGACUUAAUAUAUAUUUUUUCUACACUCUGAACACCGCUGGGAAACAGUCUCCAAAUUUUAUGAUACCUAGUUUAAAAUUAGAUUUAACCUCUAAUGUUUUUAAAGAUAUUUACAAUUAUCUAAAUUAUCUUCCGAGUCAGUACAAAGUCAAAAAUAGCAAGUUUUUACCUGUACAAAAAAUACUCUUAGGUUCAUUUAAUUUAAGCGAACAUGUUAAUACUGCUUCUACAUCAGUUUGGAGUGAAACUGAAAAGUGGUCUAGUCAAGAAUCCUUAUUUCCAUAUAAGAAUGGAACUGCAGGAAGAAUACUGCAUGCAAUACAAACGUCACAGAUAGCAUUGGUUGAUAACGCACCAAAAGGAACACAGUUGAAAUUAUUACUCCUGCUUGAGGGAAAGCAAAAGAUUUAUUUCAAACCAAAAAGAUAUAACUUAAAUCAUGUGAUAAAUGGGAAUAUAUACGGUGGAUAUGAUCGUCACAAUUCUGAAGUGUUUGCAUAUUAUUUAGCAAUGGUUUUAAACUUCAGAUGGAUACCUCCCUCUGUGACUAGACGUGUGCACCUUCACAAACAUAUUAUUCCAGUUGCUACUAUGGGAUUGAAGAGAACAAUGGUCAAAAAUGACAGCGGAUCUAUGUGCAUUUAUGGCAAAUGUUUUUACUGUAGAAUUAAUGAGACAGUGUGCCCUGACGGUAGCGGUGAAAUUGAAGGGGCAGCCAUUUUGUUUUUAGAUGGACAGUUCAAGACGCAUAAAUCUCCAUGGAGAAGAUCCUAUAGCAGUAGAAAAAUGGAAUGGGAAAUUGAUGAUGAUUUUUGUAAAAAAGUAAAGGGUUCAAUCAGUACAAAACGAUUACUCAAUUUGAUAGAUGUAUCUAUUUUCGAUUUUCUUAUACAAAAUGGCGACCGGCAUCGUUAUGAAGUUUAUAAGGAUCAGAUAAUAUUGCUAGACAACGGUAAAGGUCUGGGGAAUCCUAAAAUUGAUGUGAUGGACAUUCUGGCUCCGCUGUACCAAUGCUGUAUAAUAUCCCCAACAACCUGGCACAAUCUGGAGCUGGUGUCCGGUGGUGUCUUGACAGAUACAAUUAAAUUGUUAUCGGCUGUCCGCGAGCGUGUUCUAGCUAGCGAAGACCAUUUUAAAGCAGUCGAGAGAAGAUUACUCAAAGUAUAUGCCACUGUUCAGUAUUGUAUCGGCAAACACGGCAGAGCAAAAGUUUUCAAGAAUGGAUAUGUUUAGAAACUAAACUUUUGGAUUAAUAAAGUAUUCUAUUUUUUCAAAUAACUUCAAGCAAUGUUAUAAUUGUCUAAUAAUGUUUACUUCUAUAUUUAAAAAUUACAUGCUCGUGAUAAAGAAAGAUGAAUGGAAUAGAAAUACGAUUUUUGUAACAGAAAAGUUCUUUAAGAAGUAACAUUAAUUGCAGAUGAAAGUUUUAAAUAAGUAAAAAAGUGUUCAGGCAAAUAAAACCAUGUUUUCUGUUAA